AAUGUAGCAAACUCCAUAGACACAAAUGAUUUACCCAAAUCCCUAAUUUAUGUAUGUAACAAAAUCAUUUCCAUCAUAUUCUUAUACCUUCUAUACUUUAUUCUCUAUUCUAUUAUGAAUAUUUAGGCAACCUUAUAUGAACUGUGUACCCUAAUACUUUAUGAUGUAACAAUUACAACAAAUGCAGUAAAUGUAAUAAAUUCCAUCCAUGACUUCUAUGGGUCCUUUGGGCAUGCCAUUAUUGCCUUCCUAGCCUCAUAUGCAACCUCUUCCAUAAAUGGUUAUGCCUUUUCCAAUUUAACCUCCUAUCCCAGCUUAAACAAAAACUGAUUAGAACUUGCCUGUAUAGGUAAAGGGCACCAAAGUGAAGCUAAACCUCAAAAUGAUAAAGGACAUACCAUAAGAAGAAGACAGUGUACUGGAUUAUGACGAAAUCAAAAAGCAAAGUGGAGAUCGCCAAUUUAUCAAUUUAAAGAGAAAACGUAGACUUCUAGAUUAGUAAGAUGCGCCCUUAAUGUAAACACGUAGACGUAGCGAACAGUCAUAAUGUAAAUGUAUGGCUAAUCAUUUAGAUUUAGAAAUAAGAGAAAUGUUGAAUGUAGAUGACAAAGACAUGACACUUAUAAUGGAGGCUUAUCCUGACACAAAAUCCCUGCUCCAAGAAUUAAAGAAUGGCAAUUUAAAGUAAGAAAUAGAGGAUCUAUUACUCAAAUGA